AUGACGGCCACGAUGCUAUCAAUCACAGCCCCCAAGUACACCAACCCCGAUGGCUACGAGCUCACCAAAGUACCCAAGCCGGCCGCCGCGCAGCCCACCGACGUCCUGAUCAGGGUGCGCGCGGCAAGCGUCAAUCCCAUCGACGUCAAAAAGGUAGACGGCAUGAUGAAGAUGGCCAUCCCGGACAAGUUCCCGUACAACAUUGGCUACGAUGUCGCCGGUGUGGUGGAGGAAGUGGGCAGCGGUGUCACGUCGUUCAAGGCGGGCGACGAGGUGUAUGUGAGGCUGCCAGAGUCCAACAGAGGUGCGUGGGCUGAGUUUGCCGUGUGCCCGGAGCGUUUCAUUGCUCUCAAGCCCAAAAAUCUGUCAUUUGGAGAUGCUGCGUCGCUGCCGUUGGCGGCAUUGACGGCGCUACAGGCCAUGCGCGAGUACAAGGGCUCGCUGGAGGGAAAGACCAUCUUCAUCCCCGCCGGAUUGGGCGGUACUGGCGCAUACGGCCUGCAGAUUGCCAAGAACAUAUUCAAGGCUGGCAAAGUCAUCACUACCGUGUCGACGAGCAAGGUGCCUAAAGUACACGAGCUGCUCGGCGAGAGUGUCGUUGAUCAGAUCAUUGAUUAUACCAGAGAUGAUCCCCUAAAGACAAUCCCAGCCGGAUCAGUCGACUUCAUCUUUGACACCACCGGCCAGGCGACCGAGUUCAUGCCGCUGCUGGUCAAGGGCAGCGGCAUGGUCGUAUCCAUCUCGACCGCCCCCUCGGGCGCCACGUUGCAAAACAGCAGCAUCAUGGACACGCCGGAAAAGCCCCGGUUGCCCAUCGUGGCCCACGUGUUCCUCGACGCCACGGACCAGGUGCGCAAGCUCAAGGCGCGCUACUACGGCGUCGAGUACAAGUACAUCUUCAUGGACCCCAACGGCAAGGACCUCGCGCUACUCAAGGACGCGGCGGAAGAGGGAAAGCUGCGGCCCGUGGUCGGCUUGCGCGUGGACCUUGGCGACAUUGGCAAGGUCCGCGAGGCGUGCUGGCAGACGUACAAGGGCAAGGGCGGGCUGGGCAAGACGGUGUUGGAGGUGCAGCAGCAGGACAGCCGGGAAGAGUAG